AUGAAUGCAACAUUUAGGUUACAAAGGGUGCUGAUUGCCCAGCGCCCUAGCAUACAACGAUCAACCAGAACCAACAUCUUCAGACACGCGACACAAUGGCGCUCCUACUCUAGUCCGCUGCCUCCAGCGGAUGGGACAUUGCCUCUACAGGGCAUCCGGGUACUUGAUAUGACGAGAGUUCUCGCGGGGAUUCUGGGGGACCUAGGGGCCGAAGUGAUCAAGGUAGAACAUCCUGUGCGGGGAGACGACACUCGAGCGUGGGGUCCACCAUACGCAAAAUACGCAAACGACUCAAAAGAAGGCCCUGGGGAGAGCGCCUAUUAUUUAGCGGUCAACCGGAACAAGAAGUCGAUUGGUCUCUCGUUCGCCCACAAGUCCGGCGUCGAUAUUCUCCACAAACUCGUCAAGGAGUGCGAUGUCCUAGUAGAGAAUUAUCUCCCUGGAAGCCUCAAGAAGUAUAACAUGGACUAUGAGACCUUACGGGAAAUCAAUCCGAGCCUGAUCUACGCGAGUAUUACAGGGUACGGCCAGACCGGGCCAUACAGCAACCGCGCUGGGUACGAUGUGAUGGUGGAAGCUGAGAUGGGAUUGAUGCACAUCACUGGAAGCAGAGGAGGUGACCCCGUCAAGGUCGGAGUGGCCGUCACAGAUUUGACAACGGGGCUAUACACAUCCAAUGCCAUCAUGGCUGCUUUGCUUGCCCGAGUAAGAACAGGGAAGGGACAACACAUUGACGCAUGUCUCAGCGAUUGCCAAGUUGCAACAUUAUCCAACAUUGCGAGUUCUGCUCUGAUCAGUGGACAGAAGGAUUCAGGACGGUGGGGUACUGAGCAUCCAUCCAUUGUUCCGUACCGGAGUUACCAAACCCUCGACGGGGAUAUUCUCUUUGGCGGCGGUAACGACAGACUUUUCGGUGUCCUGUGCGAUCGGCUAGGGCACCCCGAGUGGAAGGAGGACCCCCGAUUUCUAACCAACAGAGACCGCGUAAAGCACCGAGCCGUGAUCGACGGCUUGAUCGAAGACUGUGUCAAGCAAAAGACCACGCAACAGUGGUUGGAGAUCAUGGAAGGCAGUGGAAUGCCCUAUGCAGCUGUCAAUGACAUUCAGGGGACGUUGAACCACGAGCACGUCCGAGCCCGCGGAAUGGUCACCGAGAUUGAUCAUCCAGCAUGUGGGCCUGUCAAGUUAGUAAACACACCGAUCAAAUAUUCCCAUGCAACCCCUGGCGUGCGCACUCCUCCUCCUACUCUCGGACAACACACCGAUGAGGUCCUCGGAGAACUCCUUCAAUAUGGCGAGAAACAGAUUUCCCAAUUGAAACAAGACGGCGUUGUCUCAUAG